CCAUGCGUCCGUGACCAUCCUUCGUGGCUCGAUGACAUCGACCAGCUUAACUCGUUCAGGAGAGGCAUGCUUCAGGCCGUAAAGUUGAGUAGACGGAAUCGCCACCAAGUUCCUCGGCAGAGUCCCACGCUCCGCCACGGUGGAGGGCUGCCUAGAAAUACAAUUUCUCCCUCUGGACACGAUAGUUAUUCUCAUUCGGAGACCGCAUUCGUUGAUAACCCUAUUGCGCGAACGGACAUCGCCGCGCCACAUCCUCCGUAUGAAGAGCAGCUUCAACUACCUUUUAGCAUCAUUCCUUAUUGCACGCCACCCACGUCGAUUACGAGCACCGACGCAGCCAACUUCUUUGUCGACUACCUCCGCUCUUAUCACCCUUAUGUCCGACGAAUCGUCAUUGAGACGGAUGACCGAUCACGGUCUGUUAGCACCCUCGAAGGUGAGGCCGCUCAAAUCAACAUGAUAGGCUCGAUGGGUCAUCAGGCGAUGGUGCAUAUCUCAAGAUGCCCGCGCCAAGCUCAAUUCGCCUGACUUCAAAAACAGCAUUUCUCAUCGUUCGGGGGUAUCUAUUUGCUCAUGACCUUUCGGGUGACGGUUAGACGACACGUCCAUGACUCGAAACGCUUUCUACGAAUGUUACGACUGGCGCUUGUUCUUACGUACUGCAUACGACGACUUAUAUUUAUGUAUAAUAUUGGAUAUAACCUUGUUCAGACGUCAAAUCAUAAUCAUAAUAAUAAUGUGGCUUGGCGAA